GCGCUGUCUAUGGUGAUCGCUACAACAAACAAAAUGGAGACGUAAACACACGAAUUUGCCUAAUUCAACGGGAAAAAAAACUGCGAAAUGCCUAGCCACAAACAUUCAAGUGGAAAGUUACUGAGGCGGCCAUUGGCGCCCCUAACACCACCAGCCACACAGCCGUCAGGAUCCAUCAUAGGUCCCUCCAAGAAAACCCAGAAUGGAAAGCAUCAGAGCAGAAGCCUGCCCUCUUUGUCCAGUCUCAGCCAGGAGGACGAGGAGGACGACUUCGAGGAGGAAUUAGCCUUCCCAGUUCGCAACUUCAGCCCCGUCCCGAGUGUCAUACCCUCCUUGGCCUCUGAUUUCCAGGAGGCCCAACGAGCCCCCCAGAACACCCCAAAGAUCCCACUGAAACCCUCGCCCCAGACUCGACGCUCCCACUCUGGACCCGUCAACUCACCUCGGGUGCCCCUCAGCAGAACCGAUCUACGAUUUGUCUUGGACUCUCGGUACAAACCCAAGGGGACCUCAGCUGAUACCUUCCGCCCGAGAUCUCUUGUCCAGCCGUACAAGCCGCGCGGGCCGGAUGGCUUCCCCUUCCGGACUCCCCGGAACCUACCAGAAGUCAAGAAAGAACUCUUGUACCUGGACCAUGAGCACCUUAGAUAUCACCUCCCUCCGGACUUCACUCUGGAGGAUUUUCAGGUGGAGGUCGGGGCGUACGGCAGACCGCUUCAGCGGGAAACACUGAAGAAAGCCAUACUCUCCAAACAGAACUACAAAAAGCUGACAACGCUGUUUGCGUCAUUUGUUGAGGAACCUGUCCAAGAAAAAGUUAACACUGUGGAAUUAAAAGGUGAGGAGAUCCCGGAGGUCGUACCCAGAGUACCCCAGCACCAACUCUUGAUCGAGAUGGCCAGCAUCAUCCAUCAGCAGAUGAGGAACAUGAUCAAUGAGGAGAUGAUCGGUAGCCUACCGGGCCAGGAGACGGAGCAGUCGGCGCUGACGUCAGCUCUUAUGACCCCCGCCCUCGCUGCCUUGGCAUACCAACAAGCUGAAACGGCUUCCGGAAACCUGGCAGUGUUUUCUAGGCAAGCAGAAUCAACAAAUGAGGUCAUGUUCAACAUGCCGGUCUCCAAGUACUUCCAGGGAUCUCGCAGGAGCAACUCUCCUUUCAAUGAGCAAGAUUCAUCACAAAUCACUCCAUCGGAGCUGGCCAUCUUGGACUGUCUGGUCAAUGGCGGACUUGCUCUCAGCUUGAAGGCUCAUUUCAUCCUAGCCAUGCCUGAGAUUACACCACUGACAAAGACUCUGACGUAUUUGAAUUUAUCCUUCAAUGACUUCAGGGUGUUUCCCUCGGAGGUCCUGACCUUGAGAAGCCUGGAGGUUCUCAAGUUACGCAACAAUCCACUGAAGGAGCUGCCCUUUGACAUCCACCGUUUGUCCAAACUCCGGACGUUGGUGGUGUCCUUCAAUCUCAUCACCUCGUUGCCGCCAAGCUUGUUCACAUUGCCGCUUCAGUUUCUGGACCUGUCCUACAACAAGCUGACGUUCCUGCCCAGUGAAAUAAGACACCUAAGGUCAACCCUGCGUGAGCUGAAUGUAGAAGGCAACCAGCUACCGGCCCUGCCCUGCUCCGCCCUCAAACUGAGGAAAUUACGCUACCUGAGGGUGACUAAUAACUUCAUGCAUCCACUCUUCUGGAAAGAGAACAGCCAGAAUGAACCACAGAGACUGCUGGACUUGUCGUCCUUGGCUGUGAAGCAGAGUGGGUUAGACAUAUUCAGACCCAGCUUGCUUCCAGAUUCCCUACACUCUGUGCUCAAUCGCUACUCUAGAUGUGAUUGUUGUCAGGGUCCACUGUACGGUCCAGGCCUGCGGAUCAUCCGGCCCUGCAGUAAGGCCUUCGGAGUGCGCAAGCUGCCCUUCAUCUUCACGUCUUGCUCCCCGUACUGCCGCGACACCUUCUUGACGAGUGUAGAGUCCCUCACGCAGAUGCUGUACAUGGAUGAUGACUGAUGACGACCCGAGUGUCGAUUUAGACCCCCAAGCCCUGCUGCUUCUUGUGUGCUUCAGUGUCUCGGAAUAUUGCUUGAAAGGAAACAAUUCUACAAAAGGAGGAACCCAAACACUCUGCAUCUUGGAGAAGGUUCAGCCGGGGAUCUUUAUUCAAAUAGUUUUGAAUUUGUUAUGUAACUUACAUUGACAAAUGUGUAAGGACUUAAAGAAUCAGUCUAGUCUAAUUAAGACUACUGAUUCUUUAACUUAUAAAGAUUUAUGUAACUAUUCCAUUUUAUUGAACAAGACAUUGUUUCAGCGUUUGAUAGCCGUCCUUUUACAUAAUUUUGUUUAAUUGCAAAUUGAAAAUUUUGUAAAUAUAUUGAACUGUGUUUAAAUAUUUUCUUUUUAUA